AUGGAUGCGACGUGGUGGCUAUGUUUAUGCCCAGUUAUAUCGCAUUUUUUCGUUAUUGCGUUUUUCGCAUCUCUGUUCUGUGGUCUCGAUGAUGUAGCCUCACGGUCUCCCGCUGCUUGGAAAAGGAUGGAGUUUCUGACCGCAAUCUUAGGUACCCAUCCUUUCGUUAUUGCUCGGGUGUUUCGCCGGAGUAUUUAUUUCGUUUCUGCUUUCCUUUGUGCUAUGACUAUAGAUAUUACGACACCAUCUCCUCCCGAGAUAGGAAAAUUCAUCUCCAAAGCUUUAGGUCAACAUUACAGAACUCAUGUUACGUUUUGUAUUUGUGCUUGGAUUCAUGUGUCGGCCCGCCUAAUAGCCGAAGGAAAUUGGUUCCUUGUUGGUACUGUAUCAUCGUUAUCUAUGGCCUCCGUCUUUGAAUUCAUGGUGGUAGCAUCUAGCAUGGAUUCUUUGGUUUUGGCAAGGUUGGUUAUGGCUCAAUCUACUGUGGUUGCCGUUAUUCUCCUUUUUCAAGGCUAUUUCCUUCAGGCUGGCGUCUCAUUCAUUCCUUUCCUCCCAGCAAUCUAUGCCAUGCAUAAUUCGUUGGACAAACUCUAUCACUACAUGCCGUUAGCCUCUGUUUCUUCAUUUGAGGUAGGAACGGAAAAGAGAUCAAAAACUGGUGGGCAAAAUCAGAAUGUUGCUAACACCACGCAAAUGGCGAUCAAGGUCACAAAUACCGUUGACGUGUCUGCUACUGUGGCUGAAAAAGGAUUAGCUUCAGUGGAAGAUAAGUGUGUGGUUGAUUUGAAAUACUUUGAGGAAGGUGAAGGAUUCUGCGGCAGCAAAAGCAAUGCUGGAUGUGGAGACUAAAUGCUCCCAAUUCUGUUGUUUCAUCUGCAGCUUACUUUGAAGUUGACUAAUUUAAGUGUGGCUUUUGCUUUAAACCAUCGGCACCUCUCAUACUGCAUAAUUCAGGUUGUUGAGAAAGAUUACAAGUGUGAUCUUUGUAAAAGGUCUCUGUUGUUAUGCCUGUAGUGAAUAGGCUUUCCAGAAAGGAGUUCGAUAAUUGCUGCUUCUGGAUAAGGUUUUCAGAAAUUUGCAUCUCGUCUGCCAUAUUCACAUCCGAGGUACUUUUCCUCUAUCUCUGUUCCCUCUUUCUUUCAUUUUACGUUUGGAUUUCUGUUAUUGUGUGAACUUGAAAAUUAAAUUGGGAUAUAUCUUUUUGGCUGUAUGUGUUGAAGUAUUUCAUUAUUACUGGAAUGCUUGUAGGAUUAGCUUUGAGUAAUUGUUGUUGUUCUGGAAGCCUGUGAAAAAUUCACAGUUUAGGCUGACAAAAGAGAGUAUCCAAGAAAUUUUA